AUGUCGAUCCCCGUUGCCGGAAGUGUGCUUCUGCGCGACAAUCAGGCCGUUGUUGUCUUGUCGGUGGCACAGGAUGGCGCGGCGGCUCCUGGGGGACCUGGUGGGGGACCUGCAGACAACCUACAAAUGCUGCUGAAUCAAGUCCUCGCCGGGGACCAUGCAGUACAUGAAAGUAGACAACCACUUGCGCGAAAGCACCUAGCGGCAAUGGUCUGCAACAUUCAGAAAGGACUCCGACUGGCCCCUGUCGGAUUGCUGGGCAGCUGGAGUCCUGACGCCUCACGAAAGCUCCUACAUGCCCUGGCUCUCCCCAAAGUGAUCCGUCCCAAAAAGGAGACUGCCACAGCCUCCCAACCUGUCUUGCAGCUGACGAAUGGUACUUCAUCCUCGUCGACGUCGUCCACGUCUGACUCUUCCUCUGACUCUGACUCCUCGUCGGCAUCAGAAGAAGAGCAAUGGCAAGGAGUACCGAACCCGUCUUUAGGCGUUGCACCUGAAGUUGAUACUGAGUACGAGUACGUGCCCAACCCGGCCCUCAACAUUGCCCCCCCCUCGCCUGUAGGUGGCGUCGUGGACAGUCCAGAGGAGGUUGCAGGAUCCAAUGGGAGCGCAAGUGUGGCAUCUUGGAAUGAGGGUGUGCUGGGUGCCGGCAGCGCAGGAGAGCAGGACAACGGGCAGACUCUGGAACGUCCACUGAAAAUCCAGAGGUGCAGCUUGUGUCAUGACUUUGAUGAUUUGUUGGAGACGUAUCUUGAAGCGGCGGACGAGUUGGAGAAAACACAGCAGAAAGUGCUGGAGUUGCAGAUCAUCGAUGAAGCGAUGCGGGUCUACGGUGGGAAGCAGUGGCGCUUUGAAAGUUUGGCGGCCCCGCGCUGUGAAUCCAAAACAAGUGCCAGCAUCGAGAACCCCAUGAGCAUAUCUGACUUCCUCUCUUGCUGUCGUCCACUCAAUGGUCUCAGAGCAGCUACAAUGAUGUUAGUGGAUGCGCAGCAGGAUGUGGAGAAUUGUGGUUCUGCCGAAAAUGUUGCAGCGGUCUGCCAGGAGCAAAGGAUCGAGAGUCUACCAGCUGCAUUGCAGUUUGCUCAUGCCUUACCAGCUCACUCAAAGGUUGGGUGUAUUGCCAUGGAGAAAGGCCACGGGAAAUUGGAUGUAAUCAAGCUUGUGACUUUCCAAGACAAGAUGGCGAUUCGGGACGCCACGAAAAUUCCUGCAGGAUCUGCCUACGUUCCUUUCUCUCGUCCAGGUCCGUGGGCUGUCAAGAAGGCUUUCCAAUCCUUAUUGGACCGCCUGCCUGGACAUCAUGUGCACUGGGGCACAGUGACGAGAUGGGAGGCACAAGCGAAGAAUAGUGCAAGCUCUUCAUCGACAUGGUCCCCAGACACUGACACUUUACUCCAAGGCGUGGCCUUUAUCAAUGACCAUGCGCCUGAGACGGAUGCCAACAAUGAGCAGUAUACAUGGAUUUUACUCAACAUCCGAGAAGAUGCGGAGAGUCCCAUUGCUGGUUCGCCAGAAGGCAAAGUGAGGAUCAUGGCACAAAACAAGUCCAAGGCUUCCAAUGGUGCCACAUUGCAGAAGGGCUUCCCCUUGACCACUUUCUCAUUGAAACCCUUCUUAGCUGAGAAGUUAUUGCCUGUCCUGUACCCACUUUUCGUCUGCUACGGGGUCGUAGCUUUGGGCUGGCCCGGGGUUGGCAAAACUCCUGCCUUGAUUGCUGUGAUUCUUGCUAUGGGCAGGUAUCAUAUCCACAGGUUGCAAGAAGAAGAUGCUGUGCCAGGAUGGAGAAGAGCCAAGUCACUUGAUAACUUUCGGCAUCAAGUGGCCAAUGUGUACGAGGGCAUCUUCCUGGACGACCCCAACCGUGAGAAUGUCUCCAUGGCCGACCUCAAGUCCUUCUUGACUGUGGAAGAAGAGCAAACUACGUCGGGUCGCUACAAUGACGCAAAGCUCACGAGGAAUUGCAUGAGAGCUUAUGCGUCGAAUGACUUGGACCGUGAGGAUGAGCCAUUAGAUGACUCACGCAUCUUCAUCACGUGCGAGGUGGAUGAGCUGCACAAAGACCUCCUCUCCGAAAAGGACAAGCCGCUCUAUUCCAAGUACAAGCUCGGUAUCGUGGAGUAUGGCCCUCAGUGGGAACAGGAAACCCAGCAAGAGGUCCGCACAAUCUCUCUGGGCAUGGAAAAGUUUGCCGCCGGACGACCGGAAGUCUACAUCAAAGAUGCCAACGAGAAGAUCGAAGCCGAGCUGUGGCGCGCCCGCCUUGCACAGUCAGUCCGUCUCUCUGACAGGCCAGAAGGAGAAUCGUCUCAGGAAGAAGAAACUGUUCUGCCACCUCCGCCAGUCAUCAUUCCAAAUCCGGCCUUGCGCUGCCAUCGGAUUGGGCAGUUCCGCUAUCCACCUGCCAAGCGUCUGAGAACCAAAAGUCGACCAGAGGAGGCUCCUGCAGAUGGUUCAUCAGCCGACUUGGAAGCCUUGGCCCAGGCUGCUGAGAUGGAUGCGGUAGAAGAGUGGCAAGAAUCUACUGGUCCAGAUGGAGAUGACUUCGAGGCGGACACAGAGGCUGCAAUCUUCCUCCAUGAUUGA